UUGAGCUUUCAGUUUCAUCUUUCGAAUAUGUGGCUUAUUCUCACAUUCAUCCCUGCAAUCAUUUGUCAAAGGUUUAAUGUACCUUCACCACCUUCACUCAAUCUCAAUCAGGAAGGGUUGCGUACAGUUCUCCCGUCUGCAUCUUCAGGCUCAUUCAAACAAUCGAUUCAGGAAAGUAUUCAUAGGUUCGAUGAAAGGAAGUCGCAAGAAGAGCUACGGAGACAACAAGCCCCUCUACAAGCCGUGAUCCCUCCGUUUCAAGUCGUUCAACCCCCAGAUUUUAGCGUUGUUAGCGCUACUCUAGAGCCAGACUACGAGGAUGAAGCUGAGUUAUAUGAGAUACCGGAACCAAGUGGUCCAGGUCUCUUACCUGUACUACCAGUAACACCGGAACCAGAGAAACCAAAAAAUGCAUAUGAAAUAAAUUUCUGUGAUAGAAGAGAGUUCCCUGAUGAUGUUCUUGCUACUUAUGGAUUAGAAAGAAUUGAUUACUUCAUCUGGAACACAACCUGUUCUCAUAUUUUUUUCCAGUGUUCUAUCGGGCACACAUUCCUACUUCAAUGUACAUCUGAAGAUCAAGCGUUCGACAAAGCCACAACGAACUGUAAUUUCAAAAAUUCUGUUAAAAUUUGUCCACAGUACGAUCAUGUGACUCAUUGCACCAUUAAAGAAACUUGUAAAGACCUUGAAUACGCUUGCUGCUCUCUACCACAGCAAUGUUUGCCAUUGAGCAAGCGUUGCGAUGGUCAUGCGGAUUGCUCUGACGGAGAUGAUGAAAACAACUGUCCUUCUUGUGCUCGAGAUGAAUAUGCUUGUGUUCAUAGUGGACGCUGUAUUCCAGCUGAAUAUCGUUGUGAUGGAAACCAUGAUGAUUGUGGAGAUGGUACCAACAUGGAUGAGAUAGGAUGCAGCAAGAAUUCCACAUGUAUUGGAAAGUUCAUGUGCAACGAAUCAAAAGUGGGAUUGACAUGCGUUGAUUGGUUAAAUCAUUGUGAUGGAAACAAAGACUGCUAUAACGGAGAGGAUGAAAAAAAUUGUCGGCAAGUCGGAGAAACUAAAUAUUUGUUGUGUGAAAAUCAGAAACAAUCGGUCAAGAAACAACAAUGGUGCGACGGAACUCCCCAUUGUGCAGAUGGAUCAGAUGAGAAGUAUUGCUAUUAA